AUGCCCCAAAGCUCGCCUCUUCGUCCCCGCCCCGGCCCGUACAAGACGCGCAGCUACUCCAAUCUUCAAGGUCAAGAGAACCUGCCGUCUCUCGGCGCGCCGUUCGUCCAUCAAAAGUUGGCGCCCUUGGUCCACCAGACCUCGGCGCCCUUCGUCGCUCAGAAUUUGGCUCUCUCCGCCAACCAGAAGCAGGUUCCCUUCGUCACUACCCAAUUGGUGCCCUUCGUCGCCCAACACUCGGUGCCCUUCGUCAACCAGAAUGCGAUGCCCCUGGUCGUCAAUCAGGCGCCUCUCGAUCCACGCUUCUCCCCUCACAAGAUGCGAGGCUAUCCUGGUGCUCGUGAUCAAGAGAAUGCUCCGGCGCCGGUGCCCUUCGUCAACCCACCGUCGGUGUCCUUCGUCGACCAGAAGACCUCCCUCUUCGUCGACCAAAACUCGCAUAUCUGCGUCGACCGCACUGGACGCCUCUUCGACGAUCGGACGCCGUCUUCUUACGCCGGUCGGGAUGUCUCCUGUCCUCGUAGUGAGGAUAAACUGGCUGCCCUCAAGUCGCUCGGACUCGGGUGGCCUACCUCGACGCCACUUGGAAACAAAUCCUCUUCUUCGACGUUGCUCGGCCAUUCCUUCGAUAUGUCGGGGCUUCAACUGCGCAAGGCGAAUACUCUAGAGUCGCACGAACACUCCUCUAAGCCUCACGACCACGGCUACCACCCCUACAAACAAUCCACUCUUCAACCCUCGCACACGUCCGGACCUCAACCCCGCAAACGCUCCGCCCUCCACUCCGUCCAAGCCCACGUGCAGCAAAAUCUCAGGCCGGCGGCUAGUCGGGCGGUCCGGUACACGACGCCGGCGGUGGUCUACGCGCCCGCGGGCGCGGCGCAUGUGCCGUUUGUCGCGGAUACGGGCUCGUCGUGGGAGGAUGAGGUGGAAGUGGGAUAUUGUGGGGAGGUUGCGGCCGAGAACCCGAUGGACGAGGACGUUGUCGUCGGCGCGGAGGAUGAGACGCUCAACGACGCCGAGUCUUGCGCGGCCGUGUAUCGCGAAGCCCGGUUUGGCGAGGGUGAAUCUCGCGACAAUGCACUCUCUUCGUCCUUCGAUGUGGCGUCCUGGUCCUGGGUAGGCUCAGAUGGCACGGAAACCUCACUCGAUGGGACUGUCGACGGCGACGAUCCCUGCGACGGCGACGAUCCCUGCGACGGCGACGAUCCCUGCGACGGCGACGAUCCCUGCGACGACUACGAUACCGAUGAACCCUGCGGCGCGGUCUACGACGACGGACUCUGCGUCCCGCGCGAGGUCUGCAAUGACGAGAACCUCAUCUAUCACGACGAGCCAGGCGGCGCGGUCGACAACUACGGCUACGGCGCGGCCGACACCUACGGCUCCGGCGCGGCCGACAACUACGGCUACGGCGCGGUCGACACCUACGGCUCCGGCGCGGUCGACAACUACGGCUACGGCGCGGUCGACACCUACGGCUACGGCGCGGUCGACACCUACGGCCUCGGCGCCAACAACAUCACCACUGUCACCUCCAACAAGGCCGACGACCCUUGGGCUAUCAUCGCGGACCUCAACUUCGCAAUCCCCGACUACAGCAAGGCUGCUUCUCGCGGUGCCGACGGGAAAAGCUCUUCCCGUGGCGCCGCCGUUCAGAGCUCUCCCCGUGGUGCCAACGUUCAGAGUUCUUCCCGCGAUGCCAACAUUCAGAGCUCUUCCCGUGGUGCCGCCGUUCAGAGCUCUUCCCGCGGUGCCGCCGUUCAGAGCUCCCCCCGUGGCGCCGACGUUCAGAGCUCCCCCCGUGGCGCCGACGUCGAGGCUCCUUCUCGUGACGCCGACAACAUGACCCUCGACUUCAAAAAGGACCACUCCGCGAUUACGCCUAAGGACCACUCUGCGAUUACGCCUAAGGACCACUCCGCGAUUACGCCUAAGGACCACUCCGCGAUUACGCCUAAGGACCACUCCGCGGUUACGCAUAGCAUCACCUACAACACCACCCAAACCACAGCCUGCAACACCACCCAAACCACAGCCUACAACACCGCCGACGCCUACGGGUACGCCGCGUUCGACGCGCGGCUCGCCGAUUUGGAGUCCUGCGAGGCGUUUGGGGAGGACAUUGACGCUGCGUUGGCGGGGUGUGCGAGCUUCGAUGCGGCGCUGGCGGGGUGUGCGAGCUAUGACGCUGCGGCGGAGGGGUGUGCGAGCUAUGACGCUGCGGUGGAGGGGUGUGCGGGUUGGGAGGAGGCUGGGCGUGCGAGCGGCGACACGCUCGCUGGGGUUGCGAGCUUCGACGCGCUCACUGGGUGUGCGAGCGGCGACACUGCGCACAUGGGGAUGGGAAGUUGGGAGGGGGAGCUGGACGUGGGGCGCUGGGAGGGGGAGCUGGACGUGGGGACUUGGGAGGGGGAGCUGAGCGUGGCGAGCUGGGAGGGGGGGAGGUGGGAGGGGGAGGCUGCGAUGAGUUUGUGGGAAGAUGAGCUCGAAAGCGUCUGGGAUGAUGAGCUCGAAAGCGUCUGGGAUGAUGGCGAGGAGGGAGGGGAGAUGGACGGCGCCGAAGAGAUGAGGGACAUGGACGGCACCGAGGAGGUGAGGGAAAUGGACGGCGCCGAGGAGAACGGGGCCAAGGGCGGUGACGGUGGUGAGGGAGGGGCAGGGGAAGGGGGCGCGGGUGGAGGUGACAGCGGCGCGGGUGGAGGUGACAGCGGCGCGGGUGGAGGCGACGCGGGUGACAAUGCAGAGGGAGGGGACAAUGGCGACGGGAAGAACAGCGAGCAAGGCAACUCGGGCAGCGGCGACCACAAGGAAGAAGUCUCCGAAGACCAAGAGGAGGGCGAAGACGAAGAAGACCGCGAGGACGAGGACGAAGACGACGGCGAGGACUACCGCAAAGCCGAAGGCGAGGACCAUCACGAGGCCGAAGGCGAGAACGACUCGGGCCACAAAGAAGACCGAACUUCCGCUGAACACAAGACCAAAGAGCGUCAGCCCGGCCCCGCAACUACGUCCAUCCCUUGCUCACAACCCGCCUCGCCCAUCCCUCGCACCCAACCCGCCGACUCCUUCACCGCCGCCCUCGACGCACCGCAACCCCGAGGCAUCGUGGGAGGCGAGAUUGGACGAGUGAUAUGGGUAAUGGACCUCCUCGGCGGGGAGUCGAACCCCGCUCUCCCGCGUAGCGAGCGAUCGAACAAUGCAUGA